AUGCAGACAGAAAUACUCGUGCCGGUGGCUGCCGCGGCAUUCCUCGUCCUGCUUUACAAACUCGUCCUGCAGCCAGCCUUGCUCAGCCCGCUCGCAAAGAUUCCCACGGCCCACUGGUCCUGCUCCCUGUCCAACUGCUGGAUCCUGCGUGUCAGAAAACGGGCCGAGGAAAAUGAAACCCUCUUCCGGCUUCACCUGCGGCAUGGUCCGAUCGUCCGGGUGGCGCCCAACACGUUGAGCGUGGACGGGGUCGAUGCCCUGCGGGCGAUAUACCAGGGGGGUUUUGAGAAAUCCGACUGGUACAAGGUCUUCGAUAACUACGGCGUUCCGCACAUGUUCUCAACGUUGGGAUACAAGGAGCACUCGCGUCGAAAGCGCAUCAUGUCCAACGUGUACUCCAAGUCGUACAUUCACGCGUCGGCUCCGGCGCGAGCGCAGAACAGGGCCGUCUUGCUCGGGAGGCUGCUUCCGCUGCUGAGACAGGAGGCGGCAGAGGCCGACGCCCGCGGCACAGAAGUACAGUCCGUGUUUAUGGCGACGACGAUGGAUCUCAUCUCGUCGUAUAUUUUCGGCAUGCGACGCAGCACCAACUUCAUCCAGGACAAGACGUAUCGAGACCACUGGCUGCGGCUGUAUCUCUCGCGACACCGUCACCACUUUUGGCCUCAGGAGCUUCCUGGCCUGACGAGGCUUUGUACGAGGCUAGGCAUUCGACUGUACCCGUCGUUUGUCGACGCCGCCAACGAGGAACUACGACUGUGGAACAAGAGCAUGUGUGACGAGACGGAGAGAUGGGUAAGUGACGGGGCCGACGGGCCAUGCCUGCCGGCCGACGAGGCCGUCGUUUUCGAGGCGAUGCAUGCGGGCAUUGACAGGGAGGAACAGGCCGAGGGAGAGGCUUCACUGCUCUACAGCACGCUGAUACAGCAGAGGAGUUUGGCGGUAGCCAGCGAGGUCCUGGACCAACUGCUGGCCGGCCAUGAGACCGCGGGCAUUGUGCUGACCUAUAUCGCGUGGCGGUUGUCUCGGUCGCCCGACGUCCAGCACCAGCUCCGGGCAGAGCUGCUUUCCGCGGUCCCACGCUCCAGCCAGGCUGCAGAUGACGGCUGUGCGCUACCGGAGCCCCCAGAGCUGGAUGCCUUGCCCGUUCUGAAUGCCGUUGUCAUGGAGACGCUCCGUCUGCACGCGCCUAUUCCCGGGCCGCAACCCCGGUGUACGCCGCGUCCGGGCUGUCAAGUCGGGGGCUACGACAUCCCGGGCGGCGUGCGGAUCGCGUCUCUAGCACACACGCUUCACCUGGACGAGAGGGUAUACCCAGAUGCGAGGAGAUGGGACCAUGCGCGAUGGCUGGCGCAAGCAUCGGAUGCCGAGACAAGGAAGCUGAUGAACAGGCACUUUUGGGCGUUUGGGAGCGGAGGACGUAUGUGCAUCGGCUCGAAUUUCGCACUUGCAGGCAUCAAGAGUAUUGUCGCCGUCAUUUACGCCAAUUUCACAACCUCGGUUGUAGAUGACGAUGGCAUGGAACAGACGGACGGGUACUCAUCCAGACCGGCAGCUGAGCAGCUGUACCUGAAGUUUGCUGCUGUGUAG